GUUUAAUCUUGAAGAUGACAAGAUUAAAGUCCUUGAAGGGGGGCCGUGGUAUGUCCAAAGGAGGCCGAUGAUUCUUCGUCCAUGGAGCCCGGAUGCUUGCAUGGAACGGGUCAAUUUAUGUUCUGUACCAGUUUGGGUUUCUCUUCCCAGUCUUCCUUUUCACUUUUGGUCGUCUGAAGCUCUUAGUUCGAUUGGGAGUGUGAUUGGGAAGCCAAUUGUCACCGACAAGACGACAAGGUCCAUGGAGCGAUUGUCCUAUGCUCGGCUGUGUGUGGAGGUGUCUGCAAAUUCUGAUCUACCUUCCUCUAUUCCAGUCUAUGGAGAUAAUGGCCUUUCUUUUCAUCAAAGGGUGGUGUAUGACUGGAAACCACCAUUAUGUAAGCAUUGUAGGGUGUUCGGGCAUUCAGAUGUGACUUGCAAGAUUGAUAGUAGCAGCUCCAACAAGAAUUCAGGUUCUAAAAAAGAAUGGAGAGUGAAGGAUAAUUCGAUGCCUAUUGAUCAGACUGCAGGUGCAACCUUGAAGGAUUUGGCUGGAAAUGGAGGUGCCUUGGCCGGAAAUGGUGGUGGUGCUUUGGCCGGAAUUGGAGAUUGGCAAUCGAUGAUUUCAAAUUCAAAAUCAGAUUCUGUUUCCUUUAAUUCACGCACGAAUAAAAGGAAAGAAGAUCGUCGGCCUUGGAGCAAGUUGCCAAUUUGGGAAAGAAGAUUUCCAGUAUAG